AUGACUUGGGCAAACGACAUCACAAGCCCACGACCUAGAAGAGUUCACAGACCCAUGGCUUGGUAUUAUGAUAUUAGAAAGCGGGCAGAAGGAGACUCCAACUAUAACUACUCACGCAUAAAUAAUUUUUUAAAUAAUCAAAUGGUAAAGGAUGCUCUGAGAGUAUCAGACAGACCAUUUAGUUUGUCGAGCUCAAUAGUAUAUGAGGCCAUGAAGGGAGACAUCAUGAGAAAUUAUGAUGUGAAAAUUUCUGCUUUACUUGAUGAUGGAAUCAAGGUCCUUAUCUAUGUCGGAGAUUAUUAUCUCCUAUGCAACCAUCUUGAAAAUUCCGAGUGGGUCCUCAAUAUGAAAUGGUAUGCCAAGGAAGAGUUCGGAAAAGCUCCAAGUUUACCAUAUUUUGUUGAUAAUGAAGAAGUAGGACUGCUCAGAAGUUAUGGACCUCUAUCAUUUCUCAGGGUUUACAAUGCUGGUCACAUGGUUUCAAUGGAUCAGCAGAAGGUUGCUUUGCACAUGAUACGAAAUUGGAUGCAAGGAGAACUUAAUUGA